AUGAGGUCUCCAGAACACCAGACUGAGCCUCAGCAGCCAUCGACACCGCCAAGCGGGACGCGAACAGCAGGCAGUAAUAGAUACCUCAAGACGCCCGUUAGCACACAUCAAACCAAACAUCAUCCGCACACGCCAUAUACUCCCCAUCAUCUUCCCAGAAAACAAGCUGUGGCAGCGUCUCCCGUUGCCCAUCACACACGUGGACAGCAGCAAUUACAAACACCAGACCAGACGCCAAGGAUCGGCCGACGUAAAGACCUGACGGAUGCAAUAGCCUCAAAAAUUGGCGAGCCGAGCGUACUUUUCCCGCUGGCGCCCUCAACGGUUGGCUCUGGACGCAAGUCGCACGUUGGCGGGCCCAGACUAGAGAAUGCCAGGCUUGAUCUCAGCAAAUCUUACAAGAUCGAUCUGGAAGAGGACCUACAGUUUUCGUCAGACGAAGAGGGAGAAAACCUCCCGCGGAGACUGGACAAAGUCACCAAGAAGCUCGACUUCAAAAUCGAUGAAUUUGCUGUGCCGUCAACCCCUGCCAAACAGGUCAUGACGGAGGAACAGGCCUACAAUAUGCACAUUGCUCCGCAGCGGCCCGUUUCGGGCGACGACGACGAGCGAUUUGUGUUGCGAGCCACUAUGAACAACCCGUUCCUGGAGAGCGGAGAGCCAAGGGCCCCGAGAGAGACGACGGAUUAUUCUCGUUUCGAGGAGGAGGUGGAGCUGGUCAACAACAAAACAGGGGAGAAGAUAGUUCGCAAAUUGACCGACUAUGAAAAAUCCAUCAAAGCACGCCGCUUGGAUUUCAGCAGUGCUCUUCUUGAAGACGAGGCUCCCCAAACACCUCGUAAUAACGUGACACCGGAACCUUUCAAGCAACACGUGUGGGAAGAUGAGAGCGAGGACAGAGAAACAAUACGAAAGGAGAAGAUCAAAAAUCCCUUUCGCGGGCCGUCCCUAUCAUCUGCAAGAUCACAAUCACCACGCAAAACAGAUCAAGGUUAUCUGAAAUAUGUGGACAAGACCGGUAAGGCAGUGCGGGAGCUUGUGGACGAAGAGCCUCCAAUAAGACCGCGCAAAUUAAGAUUUGACACAGAUUAG